AUGCCGAUCCGCUUAAGGCUGCGGCCACAGUCUGGCGUGAGGGACCUGAGCCCCAUGUCCGCUAGAUAUGACUUUGAUAUGCCAGACGUUGAACAAGGCGACUCAUUCCGCCAAGUCGUCAAGAAGCUUUCGCUCUACUUCACAGAUGUCAUUGAGCUGCCCAGCACCUUUGAACAGUUGAGGACAACCGAGGCAGGAAACUGCAUUCGUGUUCUUGUUGAUCAUCUGAGCGAGAAUUGCGCGCAUCCCGCCAUUGUCAACGCCCUUUUAGUGCUCAAGUGGCAUUAUGCUGCUGCCAAUGAGCACCUGAGCAUCAGCGAGACCCGUUCGUACGCUUGCGAGAUCACGGCCUGGCGUUUCCUCACACGCCUCUCUGAGAGACAGGCCGUCGAAUUCUGCCUGUACGAAAUUCCAGCCGACCCCCAACAAGACGAGGAGACGUCGCGGCGAUCCCGUGACCAGGAGGCUGGUGAAACCUCGCCACUUCUCUUUGGCCCAGCAUCCGCCGACGGCCAGCCCAGAGGCUUGGCUGUCGGGAGCAUAUCCGAGAGGACCAAGAUGCUCAGCUCGCUGUCCCGGCUGACCCACCUCAGCGAUGAGACGGCCGAGGACGCAGAUCCAACCGCGGCAUUCAAGAGUCUAAACGCCCUGGAGAUUGCGGCCAUAGCAAACGCAAAACGCUUCCUCAGCCAGCACGUCGUCCAAAAGAUCAUCACGGGCAUCUGGAACGGCGAUGUCGUGUUUUGGGACACGCUCUCGGUCGACUCUGUGAAGAAACCUCGCUACUACAACCCCCGCACAUCAGACCCCUUUUCGCGCUUGCGCGUGCCCAAGUACGUCAAGGCUUGGGAGGUCAUCUUCUUUGUCGCCUUUCUCUGUCUGUACUACUCGGUUCUCAUCACCCGCAACGACACCCGCAUCACCGUUACCGAAAUAUUCCUCUUCGUCUGGAUCGCGGCAUUCUUCUACGACGAACUCAGCGAAUGGAUUGACGCUGGCUCCGUUUUCUACGCUACAGACAUCUGGAACGUAUUCGACAUGAUUAUGAUCUUGAUCGGCUUCACUUUUGCUGCUCUGCGAGUGGUUGGACUGGUGAAGCGCAAUAGCGCCAUGAACGAGCUGGCCUUCAACGUCUUGUCUCUCGAGGCCCUUUUCAUGAUGCCGAGGAUAUGCUCCAUCCUCAGCCUGAGUCCUUACUGGGGAACCUUGAUUCCCUGUUUGAAGGAGAUGGGCAAAGACUUUGUCAAGUUCAUGGUGCUCGUCGUCAUCGUCUACUUUGGCUUCCUCACCACGUUUUCCCUCAUUGGUCGAGACGUCUUUACGUUUGGGCGCAUGACGGGCAUCCUGACCAAGAUCUUCUUCGGGUCCAGCUAUGUCGGGUUUGACAUUAUGGACCAGAUUGAUCCCUUUUUCGGCCCGCCGCUCAUGAUCAUCUUCAUCACGCUAACAUCCAUCCUCCUGCAAGGCUCCUUGACCGGUAUGCUUUCCAACAGCUUCUCGCGCGUCAUCACGCAAGCCCGAGAGGAGUACCUCUACGUGUACAGCGUCUACGUGCUGGAAGCCUCGACGAGCAACCGGCUGACGCACUUCUACCCUCCCUUCAACCUGAUUGCUCUCAUCAUGUUCCGCCCGCUCCGCUUCCUCUUCCCCCGAGUGGGCAAGUUCCGCGCCGGGCGAAUCGUCCUGCUCCGAGCCACUCAUGUACCCAUCGUCGGCGCAAUCAAGCUGUACGAGCUCAUCCGCCGCAAGUCGCAAGAUGACGACGACGAGUUUGCCGGCUUCCGAGGCCCCAGGGUGUCGAAACGGUCCAGACCACCUCUUUCGUAUGCGAGGCCGUCGUCCGGCUACAGCAGACACACCGUGCCGCUGUCGCAGGAGUCCACCUUGCUAAAGUGCGAAAACAGAAGACGGGAGGAUGACGAGCUGGAAGAUCCCACAGGCGUGGAGGGGCAGCUUGCCGAGCUCGAACAAAAGAUUGACCGGCUGACGUCUCUUGUAAUGACUCUGCAAAGCGCUUAA